AUGUGGGACACAGAGCAGGGACAGACUAACUGGGUGGCAACAAUGUCUCUCCUGUCCUUAACCAACCCCCCUGGCUGGAGCAUGUGCUCCGCUCUCUGUAUCCUCAUCGUGUUGCUCCCAGAGGCCAAAGCAGACGAGCUGAACGCUACCACUCAGCGCAAUGGUGGAGGUUCCCAGUGCGGGGAGUAUACGAACCAGGUGAUGGAGGAUGGGAUGUGCCGGCUGGUGGCCACGCUGCCUCAGCUGGACGAGCAGAGAUGCCCGGAUAUGUUUCGCUGCACGGAUGAGGUCUCGUACUGGCUGCACGAGAACGAGGAGAGGAAGCAGCAGAUUGGGGCACUGAAGGAGACCACCUCUGAGCUGCAGGAGGAGCUCAGGAACCAUCGACACCGCAUCAAAGUGCUCGAGCUGCAGAGUGAAGAGAGAAACCAUUUGAAUAUCUCCUUGGAACAGCGUUUUCAUGAGUUGGAGGUGCACUACGCCGAAGCCACCACCCUGCUGCACCUUCAGGGCACUCUGAUCUUGGACCUACAGAACCAACUCCAUAAUCUGACACUUUUGGUGAAUAAAGUAAAGAGAAGCCCUGGUUGUUUGAUCAACAUCGUCCGUCCCAACCCUCUCAUGAGUGCUCAAGAAGCCCUGCACCCAGAGAUUCAGCAUAUGAGGAACUGUCCCAUAGACUGUGCCUCUAUCUACUACAAUGGAGUGAGGAGAUCAGGCCUCUACACUGUAGUGCCAGCACUGGCAGGCAUGCCUGUGGAGGUUUACUGUGAUAUGGACACAGAUGGUGGUGGCUGGACCGUGAUCCAGCGGCGAACUGACGGGUCAGUGAGCUUUGACCGCAGCUGGAGGAACUAUAGGGACGGUUUUGGCGACCUGCAAUCAGAGUUCUGGCUGGGCAACGACCACAUACAUGACCUGAGCACCCAGGGAGACUACAGCCUCCGCAUUGACCUGGAGGACUGGAGCAACAAGCACAAACACGCCCUCUACCAGAGCUUCAGUGUUGAAGAUGAGGAGCAUCAGUACCGUCUCCAUGUGUCAGGCUUCACUGGCACGGUGCAGGACUCUUUCAGCUGGUACCAUGACAAGCAGGGCUUCAGUACACCAGACAGUGGUAACAUUUGUGCGGAGAUCUCCCAUGGCGGUUGGUGGUACAACCAGUGCUUCUACACCAACCUUAAUGGCGUCUACUACAGGGGAGGCCAUUACACGCCAAAAGGCCGGGGGCCGCUGGGUCCGGAUGGGAUCGUUUGGUAUUCCUGGAGAGACUCUGACUAUUACUCUCUACGAAGAGUCAGCAUGAUGAUCCGACCACGCAGCUUCCGAACCCGUUCGUCACCCUGAGACUGGGUCUCUGGGUUCCUGUGUCUGGGCUGGGACACAGGAACAGUGCUUUGGCAACAGAGAUGACAGAGAUGACUCAUUGGACACAACAGUGAUGGUGACAUCCAAUGAUGUUUUUAUUGACAGAGUUUUUCCACAGGGAAGUGAAUGUCAAUUAUGUCAAUAACAGUUUUUGUAGUGAGUGACUAACAUGUGGAAAAAGCAUCUCUUCUGCUAUUCUUGAACUGAUUGUAUAUGCAAAUAUGGCUGGUAUGCCUGAUAUUCUCAGGAAAUACGGACUCAUUUUUUCCUCUGCGUAUUUUUGGAAACUCAAACUUCAAACUGUAGAGUUGUUUUUGGGACAUGGACAUUUUUCACUCAGUCAUGGGAAGUGAGUUCUUCCUUAUUUUGUACUUCUAUUUUGUACCUGUAGCUUGAUAGUUGACACACUAUUAGUAACUCAGCCAAAAUAAAAAGGGCAGAUUCUGUAUGAUUUGUUGACAGCGUGAAGGGGCUUGCAGAGGCAUGUACAACUGGCAGGCAGAGCAUGCGAGACCAUUUACUCAAUGCUUUGCAUACGCUGUGUGCAUGUACUCUUUAUGAUAUUUAUAUUAUGCCAAUUUCCAUUCACUUUGAAUUUCAGCCAAACAUGAAUUUAAUCAAAUAUGUACAUUUUUAUUGAAAUAUGAAGUGUAUUAUUGCUAUUAAUCAGUCAUAAUAACACUGAAUUGUAUUAGAAAAAAGACCCCAAUCC